CCCUCCCUCCUCCUUCCCCCCACCAAUCCCCCCCCCACCACCGUGUGCCACCACCACCACACUCCGUCUUACGCCUCCUCCCACCCUUGCUCCCUCCCCCGAUUCUCCGCGCGUUCGCUGUGCUCAAGGCGAGAGUUGAACCGACUUGACUCGGGAGUUGUGAAGGCGACAGAGUAGAGGAAGGGGGGGGGGGCGUUGUUGUUGUUGCUGCAGCGAGACUUGGAAGUGCGUCGUAGUGGUUACGACAACAUCACCAUCACCACCACCAUCACCGCAACAACAACAGCUCCGGCCGAAAAUAAACGGCGACUAACGCAGCGACCAUGGCUUCGGCGGCCACGUCGCGUCGACAGUCUUGCUAUCUGUGCGACCUUCCGCGCAUGCCGUGGGCCAUCAUCUGGGACUUCUCGGAGCCCGUGUGUCGUGGCUGCGUGAACUACGAGGGCGGGGACCGCAUCGAGUUGGUCAUCGAGGCCACGAGGGCCAUGAAGCGAACCCACGGCUUCCAGGAUCACCGGCGGUCGCCUGGACCCAUGGCUCAGCAUUCGGGCCCCAAAAUCGUCAAAGAGCUGUCGGCGUCUUCCGCGGGACUUGCGUCCAGCCACGUGGAUUGUAGGGGUGGCAGCUUGCAGCAGCAGCAGCAGCAUCAGCAGCACCAGCAACACCAACAACACCAGCAGCAGCAGCAUCAGCACCAGCAGCACCAGCAGCAGCAGCAUCAGCAGCAGCAGCAACACGAGAGGUACGCGCGCAUGCUCGAGUACCAGCCCGUGUCGCUGAGCCGCAUGCAGGCGAACGGUUUGGCCGCGGCUGUCGUGGGAGUCAACGGACUGGGCCACGGUUCGCACGGCUCUUCACACGGCAGCAGCAGCAGCAGCAACAACAACGGCGGCGGCGGCGGCGGCGGUAAGGGGUCCAACAACGAAGAUCCACCCGAGCUGAACCGACAAAGUCCCACUCCGCCCCGCAGGGCGGUGUCCAUCGCCGCCGUAGCCGCCGCCGCGGCGGCCGCUGCCGCAGCCGGGCAGCCACCGAACCUGUUGCCCCACGGGCUCAUGAACGGCCCCGGGGGCACGCAGCUUGCCGUGCACCCGUUGCUGGCCGGCGGCGGCGGCGGGGUGGUGCCCGUCAACAAGCGCGUGUCGGUGGAGCACGAGCACAAGGGUCUGCCCCCCGAGAUGGGUGCAGGAGACGGGCUGCACGCGCGCGGUGGCCACCGCGUGGAGGACCCCUGGGUCAUGGCGAGCGGGGUCGGGAAGCCCAAGACGGUGCGCGAGACGCUCAUCUCGCUCAACGGGGGGUUCGAGAGCAGGUUACGGAAGGAGCACUCGCUCCUCGGCAGAGUCUUUCCCUUCGACGGAGGUGCCAAGCAAGGUGGCCGCGGUGUGCGCAAGCGCAAGGCCUCUCCGGAGCCCGACUGCGACCCCGGCGGGCCCCACUCGGGGAUCUCCUCCGGCAUCCCCUCUUCGGUGGCUGCGGGGGUGGCGUCGUCGGCGGGGGGCGUCGGCGGGCCGACCAAAUUGGAGGGGGCCGCGUCGGACGACGGCCCUGGCGGCCCGCCGGGGCCGCUCGCUCACGGCUCGCGGCCCCCCCCCGUCCCGUGGAUCCCGGCGUGCGAGGCCCUGAAGCUGACGCUCAGCUCCAACGCAUUCCCCGGCUCAUCGUCCACCGCCGCUGCGUUGCAGCAGCAACAAGCGUCGAGCAGCAGCGGCGGCGGCGGCGGCGGCGGCGUCGCGGCCACCGCGUCGUCGUCCGACGGGAACCGCACCACGCCACCCGACUCGGUCGCCUCGUCCAACGGGACCAACGGCGCCGCCGCCGCCGCCUCUUCCUCCACCGCCACUUCCUCCACUUCCUCCUCGUCGUCGUCAUCAACGGCCGCUGCCUCCGCGUUGGCGACCCUCAUGUCGUCGUCGUCGUCGUCGUCGUCGUCGGCUGCGGCGGCGGCGUCGUCCGCGGCGGCGGCGGCGGUGGCGGCGGUGGCGGCCGACUCGAUGCAAGACGAGCCGUCGCCCGGCAAAGACGGCGGCUCCAACGCCGUGCACUCCACCACCACCACCACGGCGGUGGCGGCGGGUGGCGCCAUGCGGGGGGCGGGCAGCCCCGGCUCUCCCGGCAGCAGCGGCAGCGGCAAGAGGCUGGCCGGCGCGGGCGAGCAAAGUGGCGGCGGCGGCGGCGGCGGCGGCGGUGCCAACAACGCCAACGGAUCGGCGCAGGGCAGCAACGGCAGCGGCGGCAGCAACGGGGUGAACAACAACGGCGUGCCUGCCGGGAGCGGCGGGGCGGGGGGCCCGGACUCUGCGUCGGCGGGUGCCGGUGGCGCGGGGGGCCCCCUGUGCUGCACCAACUGCCACCAGCGGCUGGAGGACACGCACUUCGUGCAGUGCCCGUCGGUGGCGGCGCACAAGUUCUGCUUCCCGUGCUCGCGCGACAGCAUCAAGAAGCAGGGCACGAGCAGCGGCGAGGUGUACUGCCCCAGCGGGGAGAAGUGCCCGCUGGUGGGCUCCAACGUGCCCUGGGCCUUCAUGCAGGGGGAGAUCGCCACCAUCCUGGCCGGCGAGAUGACCGUCAAGAAGGAGAGGGACACCUGAUGGUCGGGGGAUCGUAGGAUGGGAUCGUCGGAUGUGUUGGAGGAUUUGCAUGGAUCGUGGUGGCGGAAGUUGUGGGGGCACGUGUCGGUUGUGACCGGAGUGAUGGAUCUGCGUGGUUGAGAUUGCGUGGCUGCAAUUGCGUGCGUGAUUGAGUGAUUGGGAUUGCACGGUUGGGAUAGUGUAGUUGGUCUGUGUGCUUGAGAUGGCAUGGUUGGGAUUGCAAGGUUGGGAUUGCGUGGUUGAGAUGGCAAGGUUGGGAUUGCGUGGUCGGGAUUGCACGAUUGGGAUUGUGUGAUUAGGAUUGCAUGGUUGAGAUUGCGUGGUUGGGAUUGCGUGGUUAAGAUGGCAUGAUUGGGAUGGCGUGAUUGAGAUUGCGUGGUUAGGAUUGCACUGUUGGGAUCGCGUGGUUGAGAUUGCACGGUUGAGAUUGAUGGCAAUCCAAUUGCCAGCCGGUUGUGGGCAGUCGCGCACCCAGUUGGAAUGAUAUUAACCGAGAGCAACACCCAGAGGCAGCAAGUAACCGAGGUGGAAACAACGUUUUUGCUGCCGUCACCGAGCUCAGGCCCAAAAGCGUCGAGCGGCCAGCAACAAUCGUCACGAGCAUCGACACCCCCCCCCCCCCCCCCUUGUGGAGCGGCGCUACGGGACUCACGAAACGCCCGUCGCUCGAACGCUUUUCUUCCGCAUGUAGCUCAGUCUGGCGGGCACCGCCGCCGGAGGGCCUCUGGCGGUGGAGCGAGCGAGCGGCCGGUGCUAUCGGGGAGGUCGCCGGGUCACACGUCCCCUCCCCACCCCUCCCUUUUCCCCGGUGGGUUUGGGGUGGGGUGGAGGGGGCCGAUAAAAACGAGCACCACUUUUUUCAGCAACUUCAACGGCGGUUGUCCUGUCGUAAAGACUCUCGCUCCCCCGCCGCCCGCCCGCCCGCUCACCCGCCAUAGGAAUGUGGAAUUUCCUGCCACCGGCUCAGGGCCGCAAACGGGAGAUCACUUUCGACCGCUUGCCACCUUCAAUAUGUAAAUCAGGAAGCGAAUCUUAAAAAUGGGUCUGCAACGUACCACGUUUGGGGGGGGGGGGGGGGCGGCCCAUUUCCGCUUUGCCCCCCCCGCCCCCACCCUCGGGCCCCCCCCCACCCCACCCCACCCGUCCCUUGAGUCUUGUUCUUUGUCCGGAAUAUUUCCGUUCCAGUUGGAGUGGGACUCAGAAGGCGGCGGAUGAGUAGGAUGAUGAUGAAGAGGAUGAUGAGGAGGAGGAUGGAAGACGUUUGUGAUUUCGUUGGCUUUCAAACGCCACACCACGACCCCGAGUGAACGACGGCGACGGUGGCGAUGGCUCGUUGGAGGGUGGCAGGGUCGAGUCUGCUCCUGCUCCUGCUCCAUCAUCAUCAUCAUCGCCGCCGCCUCCGGCUCUCCGCGGUGUGGCUCAUGUGACCACGGCAAUUCGUGGGCGACGACGACGAUGGCCGGCCGUGCCAUUGAAGAUGAUCCACACCCGCAACCCCCUAACCGCCCCGUCCGCAGGUACGUGGAAUUUCCGCAAAACACGCAACUUGAGCCGAGGGACAGCCACCCCGCGCGGGAGACAGAGCGACGGGACUGGCCCCUGAACGCCAGUGGAUCCGUUCCAUCGCGGGAGAUCGCACCGUCAGCCUGAGAAGCGGAGGCCUUCAUCCAGCAGUGGACUGACCAUGGCUGGGUGAUGGUGACGAUGAGCGAUAGAUACGCAAGAUUUUGUUCGCCGGGUGUGAAACCGGCUCACAACAACAAAAAACUGCACGAACGCCCGUUGUUGUUGUCGUCGCUUGUUGUUGUUAUGGCCCCGAAAAAACUUGACGACGCCCACAGCUGCCAAACGGAGAGAGACUCUCCAGCUGAAGUGCGGAGAUAAGGUUCGACUCCCGGCCGGCGAGCGAACACCGGCGAGAGCAGGAACCCACGCGACCACGAACGAGAGCGCUGGCGGGCGGGCGGGUGGGAUGGGGUAGGGGGGCACGUGUACAUUUCUCCAAGCGGUGAUGACGUCGUGCGCGUGUACAUAAGAUGCGAGAGUGGCGUCAACACGAGAGUGGGAGCGUGCACGCGCCCGCCGUGCACCCGCGCGUACACUCGCACGCGCGCUCACGUGAACGCCCCGUACACAUCGUACACUACACGCGCACGCGCGCGCAAGCGCACACGGACAAAAGGAAACUUGGGUCUGGUUUAAAAAAAAACUUGUUCUGAUUUGUGUUGCUGUUUAUAUUUUUGUGUGGGGGGUGGGGCAGAGG